UGCAAAAAUUAGCGCAAGUCUUUCCACGUUCAAUGUAGUUCCAGUUGCUCUCUGCCUUGAUGGUAAAUGGUAGUCGUGUCUUGCUUUACGGUCAUUUUCGUUUUAUACUUGUGUAAUUUCAUUAUUAGUAUCAGUCAAGAUUAUGGCAGACAAACAACGUGUUUGCAUCAUUGGAUCAGGAAAUUGGGGUUCAGCUAUCGCUAAGAUAGUUGGAGCAAAUGCCGCCAAACUUAAUAAUUUUGAGGAUCGUGUUACAAUGUAUGUUUACGAGGAAACUAUCAAUGGAAAAAAACUAACUGAAAUUAUUAAUGAGACGCAUGAAAAUGUAAAGUACCUUCCAGGACAUAAACUCCCGCCCAAUGUGAUUGCAGUUCCUGAUGUAGUGAAAGCUGCCGAGGAUGCAGAUAUCCUAAUUUUUGUAAUACCACAUCAAUUUAUCAAUAAAAUAUGUAGUACAUUAUUAGGGAAAAUUAAACCUACAGCUGUUGGUCUUUCUUUAAUAAAGGGUUUUGAUAAGAAGGAGGGAGGUGGUAUUGAACUUAUUUCGCAUAUAAUUACUAAGCAACUUCAUAUUCCUGUUUCGGUUUUAAUGGGAGCAAAUCUAGCUUCUGAAGUUGCCGAGGAAAUGUUUUGUGAAACUACUAUCGGUUGCAAGGACAAAAAUAUGGCUUCUAUACUAAGGGAUAUAAUACAAACGCCAUACUUUAGAGUUGUAGUAGUUGAAGAUGUUGAUUCUGUCGAAUGUUGUGGGGCAUUGAAGAAUAUAGUAGCCUGCGCCGCUGGAUUCGUCGAUGGUCUAGGUUUGGGUGAUAAUACAAAAGCUGCUGUUAUCAGAUUAGGUCUUAUGGAAAUGAUUAAGUUCGUGGAUGUCUUUUUCCCUGGAGGAAAACUUUCUACUUUCUUUGAAAGUUGUGGUGUGGCUGAUCUUAUCACUACUUGUUAUGGCGGUCGCAAUCGUAAAGUUUCUGAAGCUUUCGUAAAAACAGGCAAGACAAUCGAAGAAUUGGAGAAGGAAAUGCUAAAUGGACAAAAGUUACAAGGUCCGUUCACUGCUGAAGAGGUAAAUUAUAUGCUAAAAGCGAAAGAUAUGGAAAGGAGAUUUCCUCUUUUCACGGCCGUGCAUAGGAUUUGUACCGGUGAGAUAAAGCCUGCGGAACUAAUUGAAUACAUACGCUAUCAUCCAGAACACAUGGACAACGACGUUAUUGCAACAAUACUACAGCUACCUUCACUAAGAUGUCGUCUGUGAAGAUUAUUUAGAAGAGACGAAAGAAGAUAUACGCGCGUUAUAUUGAUUUAACUCUUCAUGGUCAAAUUCAGCUAAAAUAUGAAUACCAUACCGAUCUGAAUUAAUUUCCAGUGAUUGAACACUGAUAAUGUAAUCAAAACAAAUGUGUAAAAAUUCAAAAUGAAAUUGGUAAUCGCUUAUUUUCAAUUUCGCGGCAUA